ACACACCGGUAGAAGCCGUCCGUGGUCAUUUUGUUACGAAUGUGUACAUUUUCGCUGCACUGCGUCACGAAACAUUACGGUAAUGACGUAAUCAAGCCGCGCCUACUUCAUCCACUAAUGCUAACAUAUAAACGCAUAUGCUUAAAUAUGGUUUUGUCAGUGUCGUCGCAUCAUAAAUGAAAUUGUGUUGUAUAGAAAAUAAAAUAGAAGCGUAACUGUUUACACUACUAUAUUUAUUUUUUUAGAAACAGGCUAAAUAAACGUGACUUCCGGUUGGGAAGCUAGGAAACCCCGUCCACUGGGUUAUAGUCGUCAUGACAACAGCAAACUCCAGACGGUUGCUAGUUUAUUUUACAUUAAAACGCUACUAAUAGUUUGACUGAACCAGUGGAAGGACGUGAGACAUUUUUAUAGAGUUAUUUUUGUUUGUGCGAGAUUUUAACGCAUUGCUGCGAGGAGAAGAAGUUGCCAUGUCUGAUGUGCUUAAAGAGAAAUCUGUCAGAAGAGAAAAGAAGACCAGCAAGGCGCCCUCAGAGGGAAGCCACGGAAUCAAAGUCAAAGACAUAGCUGGCAAGACCAAGGACUCUUUAAGCAAUGUGUCCUGCAUAGAUGACCACCAUGAUGAAAACACCCGGAUGGUUGUAACAGUGGAGAACACCUACCAACUAGGACCUCACAAACGCUUCCCAGCCCACGCUGCUUUGGAAAUCCUGAAGGAUGUACUUCCCAAUUAUCUGCAGGAGGAGAAAUACGAAGUGGAAUGGUCUCGGCAAAUGACGAAAACCAUAUGUGAGGUGAUCCGAGCCCGUGUGAAGGAGCUCAUGAUCCGCAGGUAUAAGCUGGUGGUGAUGGUUCACAUUGGCCAGCUGGCUGGGCAGAGCAUGCAGAUCAGCAGCCGUUGUCUGUGGGAUGCGUCUUAUGACACCUUCGCCUCGUGGUCCUUCAAGAACACCUCUCUGUACAGCGUCGCUACUGUUUAUGCUGUUUACUAUGAGUGAAGUCAAGAUAAAACACAUUUUUGUCGACAAAAGUGUUUUAUUUUUUUUUUGCUGUAGGGAAAAAUUACAUCUCAUAUCUGCAGGUACUUUCCAACAUGUACGAUGAGGUCCACUAGCAGAGCAUGGAGAGGUCUCUCCUCCGACAGCCCAUCUGACAGCACGCCGCAAUCAGGGCCUGGUCUUGGUCCCGCCAAUACCGACCCAACACCGGCACUUGGUCUUGUGUCUUUACCACGUUUGGCUCCCCGCUACCUGCGGAAACAGUCAACCACAAACUUGAGACUCACCUCUUCAACAAUGACAGGUCUGAGAACUCACCGUCUCGGAAAGUCUCCUCUUCUUCUGUCAGACGUCGCCACCUGGAACCUCCACACGUGAACACCACCGCCCGCAGCAAGGCCCGACCACACAGCCGCAGUGUGCUCGUGUCAUCCAGCACCUGAGCCUGUGUUCCACAGCGCACGCACAGCAGCAUCAGCACCGCCAUCACAAGAAUGGAUCUCAUUUUUUACUUCCUGUAUGUACACAUUCUGUUGUUGCUGCCCUGAUAAGCCGCUUUUAUGGACACGGUCCUCAGGAAGUGGUGAUUCAUCUUGGAUAAUUACAGUUUUUUAAAGCAGAUGACAAUCUUAGCCAUUAGAGGGAUGGUAACAUUUUGGUAAAUGUUAAUGGGAGAGGAUGGCUCAUUUAUGUCACAAGUGCGGGACUUUUAUCACCCCAGGUUUAGCAAAGGGUUCCCUUAAUGGAGCACUUGAAGUAUUCCUGGCUGUCUACAUAGCAACAUAGUAGCGUUUGUGGACACUGUCGUAAACAUAAUCUGUCAUUCAGAGAGAAGAAUGUGUGCGAUUACAUUGCACUGACUCAUGGAAAAAUGUUGAUAAACAUUGAAAACAACUGAUAUUAUUUUGAACUGCAGAUUUUGAUUAAAGUGAGCUUAUUUCCAAUUCAGAAUAUUUUUAGUCCAGGCCACCCUAUA